AUGCAUUUCUCUUUCAUCGUUGCAUACGGUCUCUUGACCGGAGUGAUUGCUGCUCCAGCUCCUCAAAAACGAAACGUUGUUCAUGAGCGAAGAGAGCAAGCGCCUCGUAACUGGCAUAGAGAGAAUCCACUACACCCAGAUUCACAUCUGCCAAUGCGAUUCGCUCUCACCCAGAACAACUUGCAAAAUGCGGAAGCCUACUUGAUGGAUGUUUCCAAUCCCUCUUCUCCCAACUUUGGCGACCAUUGGAGUGCAAAGAAAGUCGCCGAAACCUUUGCUCCAAGUGCCGAUUCGGUCAAAUCAGUUAUCCAAUGGCUUGAUGAAUACGGCAUCAAGAGCGAGCGUGUGAAACAGUCACAGAGUCUCAGCUGGGUUCAUGUCAACGUCACUGUUGCAGAAGCCGAAUCACUUCUCAACACUAAAUACUACGCCUACACGCAUACCGAAAGUGGCCAAACUGCUGCUGCCUGUGAUGACUACAGCGUCCCCGAACACGUACGCAAACAUAUUGAUUUCAUUACACCAACUCUUCACUUCGAUGCAAAGGUUGUACCUCGCAAGGAAAAGCGAGAUUUAAGCACCCGCCAAAAAGACGAGCUCGCCAGAAGAGCAAUUGGCGAGAACCACAGAGUGGGUUCACCGAACGACCCAUCUCUGCCCAAACAGGGUAAAAUUAUUACUGGCACAUCGCAUGCUGGACUUCAAUCUUCAGCCCUGACAGCUUGCAAUACACAUGUUACACCCGAAUGUCUCCGGGCUUUGUAUGGACUUCCAACAGACGCGCCAGCUGCGGAAGGAAAUUCCUAUGGUAUUGUCGAAUACACCCCGCAAGCAUAUCUCCCGAGUGAUUUGGAUCUAUUCUUUGGCAACUUCUCACCUGCGCUUGUUGGUGCUAGACCUAUUUUCGACUCCAUCGAUGGUGGUGAAUUGCAGACAAUCGAAGAGUCUUUCAAUUACAACGGAGAAUCCGACUUGGAUCUUGAAUACGGAAUGGCACUUGCAUAUCCUCAAAAGGUGACACUAUAUCAAACUGGAGACAUUGGAGAGGGUGCUUCAUUCAACAACUUCCUUGACGCGAUCGACGGCGACUAUUGUACAUCAGACGGUGGUGACGAUGCGGUUUACGAUGCAGUCUAUCCUGAUACAUACGGUACCGGCAGCUACUACUACCAAGGACCAGAGAACUGUGGUGGAUUUGCUGCCACCAAUGUCAUUUCUACAUCCUAUGGUUUCGACGAAUCUGAUCUUUCAGCCGCCUAUGAGAUACGUCAAUGCAAUGAAUAUCUAAAGCUAGGUCUUCAAGGCGUCACAGUCUUAUACUCUUCUGGUGAUUAUGGUGUUGCUGGUAAUGGAGGAGUAUGUGGCACAAGCAACUCAUUCAAUCCUUCAUUCCCCGGUACAUGCCCAUACAUCACAUCCGUCGGAGCUACACAAAUAAAGCCCAACGCUACUGUCACUCAACCAGAAGAAGCUGCCGAAUCCGUCAUUUAUUCUGGUGGAGGUUUCUCUAACGUCUUCCCCAUCCCCGACUACCAAACCGACGUCGUGGCAACCUACUUUGCCGACCACCUACCUCCUUAUACCUCCACCCAAUACAACAACUCUCAAGCCACUCGCGGAUUCCCCGAUAUAUCUGCCAACGGUGUAAACUACGUGGUUGCCGUCGACGGAGUAUUUUCUCUCAUCUACGGUACAUCUGCGUCUGCCCCCGUUAUCGGCGCCAUCUUUACCUUGCUAAACGCUGCACGCUUGAACGCUGGAAAGAAACCCGUUGGGUUUGUUAACCCGGUUUUGUAUGCUAAUCCAGAUGCGUUGAAUGAUAUCACGAGCGGGGGAAAUCAGGGGUGUGGGACUACUGGAUUUGUGGCCGUGGAUGGGUGGGAUCCUGUUACGGGUCUCGGAACACCUAACUAUCCCAAACUCCUCGAACUCUACCUCUCACUCCCUUAA